AUGCUAACAGCUGCUCCAACAACAGCGGUGCUGACCACAACUACAGCUCCUCCAACCACAACCACAUCUUCUGUCACCACAACUACAGCUGCUCUAACAACUACAACAGCUGCUCCCACUACAACUACAGCUGCUCCCACUACAACUACAGCUGCUCCCACUACAACUACAGCUGCUCCCACUACAACUACAGCUGCUCCCACUACAACUACAGCUGCUCCCACUACAACUACAGCUGCUCCAACAACAGCGGUGCUGACCACAACUACAGCUCCUCCAACCACAACCACAUCUUCUGUCACCACAACUGCAGCUGCUCUAACAACUACAACAGCUGCUCCCACUACAACUACAGCUGCUCCCACUACAACUACAGCUGCUCCCACUACAACUACAGCUGCUCCCACUACAACUACAGCUGCUCCCACUACAACUACAGCUGCUCCCACUACAACUACAGCUGCUCCCACUACAACUACAGCUGCUCCAACAACAGCGGUGCUGACCACAACUACAGCUCCUCCAACCACAACCACAUCUUCUGUCACCACAACUGCAGCUGCUCUAACAACUACAACAGCUGCUCCCACUACAACUACAGCUGCUCCCACUACAACUACAGCUGCUCCCACUACAACUACAGCUGCUCCCACUACAACUACAGCUGCUCCCACUACAACUACAGCUGCUCCCACUACAACUACAGCUGCUCCAACAACAGCGGUGCUGACCACAACUACAGCUCCUCCAACCACAACUACAGCUGCUCCCACUACAACUACAGCUCCUCCAACCACAACCACAUCUACUGCCACCACAACUACAGCUGCUCCAACAACAACUACAGCUGCUCCAACAACUACUACAGCUGCUCCAACCACAACCACAGCUGCUCCAACAACAACAGCUGUGCUGACCACAACUACAGCUCCUCCAACCACAACCACAGCUGCCCCAACAACAACUACAGCUGCUCCAACAACUACUAAAGCUGCUCCAACCACAACCACAGCUGCUCCAACAACAACAGCUGUGCUGACCACAACUGCAGCUCCUCCAACCACAACUACAGCUCCUCCAACCACAACCACAUCUACUGCCACCACAACUACAGCUGCUCCAACAACUACUACAGCUGCUCCCACAACAACUACUGCUCCUGCCAUCACAACUACAGCAGCUCAAACCACAACCACAGUUGCUCAAACAACAGCUGUGCUGACCACAACAACAACUGAUCCAACCACAACCAGCGCUCCUCCAACCACAACCACAUCUUCUCCCACCACAACUACAGCUGCUCCAACAACUACUACAGCUGCUCCCACUACAACUACAGCUGCUCCCACUACAACUACAGCUGCUCCCUUGCUCAAACAACAGCUCUCCUCCAACCACAACCACAUCUUCUCCCACCACAACUACAGCUGCUCCAACAACUACUACAGCUGCUCCCACUACAACUACUGCUCCUGCCACCACAACUACAGCUGCUCCAACAACUACUACAGCUGCUCAAACCACAACCACAGUUGCUCAAACAACAACAGCUAUCUUCCGACAACAACUACAGCUGUUCCUACCACAACUACAGCUGCUCCCACCACAACUACAGCUGUUCCCACCACAACAACAGCUGCCCCCACCACAACCACAGCUGCUUCAACCACAACUACAGUUCUUGCCACCACAACUACAACUGUUCCCACCACAACUUCAGCUACUCCAACGACAACUUCAGAGGUUCCCACCACAACAACAGCUGCUCCCACCACAACUACAGCUCUACCCACUACAACUACAGCUGCUCCAACAACAGCUGUGCUGACCACAACUACAGCUCCUCCAACCACAACUACAGCUCCUCUAACCACAACUACAUCUUCUCCCACCACAACUACAGCUGCUCCAACAACUACUACAGCUGCUCCCACCACAACUACAGCUGCUCCAACAACUACUACAGCUGCUCCCACUACAACUACAGCUGCUCAAACCACAACCACAGUUGCUCAAACAACAGCUGUGCUGACCACAACAACAACUGAUCCAACCACAACCACAGCUCCUCCAACCACAACUACAUCUGCUCCAACCACAACCACAGCUGCUCCAACAACAGCUGUCUGCUUCAACCACAACUACAGUUCUUGCCACCACAACUACAGCUGUUCCCACCACAACUUCAGCUACUCCAACGACAACUUCAGAGGUUCCCACCACAACCACAGCUGCUUCAACCACAACUACAGUUCUUGCCACCACAACUACAGCUGUUCCCACCACAACUUCAGCUACUCCAACGACAACUUCAGAGGUUCCCACCACAACAACAGCUGCUCCAACCGCAACUACAGCUCCUCCCACCACAACUACAGCUGCUCCCACCACAAUUGCUCAAACAACAACAGCUGUAAUGACCACAACCACAGCUCCUCCAACCAAAACCACAUCUUCUGCCACCACAACUACAGCUGCUCUAACAACUACUACAGCUGCUCCCACUACAACUACAGCUCCUCCCACUACAACUACAGCUGCUCCAACAACAGCUGUGCUGACCACAACUACAGCUGA